UAAUAUUGAUACCGGAGUUUGUUUUCUUUUCAAAUUUUCAUGUGCUCAACUGGUUGGAGAAAAAUGAAAUGAUUUUGAGUUUAUAAAGACUUUUAACAGUUUCAACUAUUACUAUUUUAAUGACGUGAUACUCGAAAUUGUAGCAUUAUUAUAAUAUUCAUCAUCAUGCCUUCGUUCAAUUUAGAUUCUACCUCAUCAGCUGUUAAAUUAGAUUCACCGGUGCACGUUGUAGAUCUCCCUCAGCAAGUCCUCCUAGUCGAGUUUUCGCCUUUCGAGUGGUCUCAAAACGUAAUCCUAAUCGCUUUCCCGGAAAAUGUAUCAAUUGGCACGAUUAAAUUCCAGGAGGAAGAUGAAUCAAUGCAAACCAAAUACAAACUCGAUAUCGUUGAAACAUUCGAAGUUAAAGGACGUCCUCACGCGUUAUCGCUCAGUCAAGAAACUCUACUAACGAGUAAUCCAAAAGUAAUGCAGUUUGCUUGCGCUUCUUCGGAUUACAAUAUCUAUUUACACGAAAGUGUUCUCAAAGAAACUGUUGAGACGAAGGUCCUAGAAGGCCACACGAAUUACGUAAAUGAUAUAUGUUUCGAUAAGGAAUCAUCGGUUGACUUACUAGCUUCCGUCAGUGACGAUUUUACGUGCCGUGUAUGGUCGGUGAAAGAUCUAAAAUGUAGUAUAACUUUCUACCUAGAAUCUCCUGGAACUGCGGUGAAAUGGAGUGCUGACGAGCCCAAUAAAAUACUGGUCGCUGAAAAGAAAGGAAUCGUUAGAUUAUAUAAUGUAGAACAAGAACAACCCGUGUACUCCCUAGAAUGUGAUGUAUUUCCAUUAUUAGACGUUGACUGGUCUCCUAGUAAUCAUUGUAAAAUCGCUGGAAUCGCGUCCGGAUAUUUAUUAGUAUGGGAUACCGCUAAAUCAAGUUUUCCUGUGUAUAAACAACUUGUACAUUCCGGUGGUAUUAAAUACGUCAGAUAUUGUAAUCAAAAUGAGAAUAUUAUCGCUACGAUCGGAUCGCCAGGACAUACUUUGAAUGUAACGAACUUGAAGACAAAGUUUCCUAUAAAUGUGGCUAAAUUGAAGUUGGCAAGUAACGUAGCUUGGCAUUUCAAACUUCCAUAUGUUUGCGUCGGUGUUGAUAAUAGUUUAUGUUUUUGGAAAGUCGCUACGAAAUGAAUAAUCUUUAGUCUUUUUUUUUACAUUAUUUGAAUAAAUAAGUUUUUUAUGUUU